AUGCCGGCCGAAAUUCAUGGAUUCAAGUCGAGCGACAUCCACGCCAGGAUACAGCUUCUCAUCGAUGGGCUCGUCAACAUCAAAGACAAGACGGGGGAGUUCUUGAUGACCCUUGCAGACGGUCGCGUCAUUGACACCAAAGGCUGGAAUGAUUGGGAAUGGACCCAUGGCAUUGGGCUCAAUGGCAUAUGGGCCUACUACUCGUUGACUGGAGACGACAAGUAUCUCGAUAUCAUCGAGGACUGGUUCGCAAACCGAUUUGCGGCGGGUGGCACAACGAAGAACAUCAACACCAUGGCCGUGUUCCUGACCUUGGCCUAUGUAUAUGAGAAGACCGGGAACCAGACAUACCUCCCCUGGCUGGACAGCUGGGCGGAAUGGUCAUAUCAUGACCUGGAGAGGACCAAGUACGGCGGUAUGCAGCACAUCACGUACCUUGAGGUCAACGACCAGCAGCUGUGGGACGACACUCUUAUGAUGACCGUCAUGCCCCUGGCGAAGAUCGGCAAACUGCUGAAUCGGCCACACUACGUCGACGAGGCGAAACGGCAGUUUCUGCUCCACAUCAAGUACCUAUUCGAUACGAAGACAGGGCUCUUCUUCCACGGAUGGACGUUUCAUGAGGGUGGUCACAACUUCGCAGACGCCCGGUGGGCAAGAGGCAAUGCAUGGUUGACGAUUGUGAUCCCUGAGUUCCUGGAACUCUUGGACCUACCCGCGAACGACCCCAUCCGAACACAUCUCCUCGACACAUUAAACGCGCAAUGCGAGGCACUCAAACCUCUACAGACGCCAUCUGGCCUCUGGCGAACCCUUCUAGAUCAGCCGGAGGAUGAAGGUUCAUAUGUCGAGUCGAGCGCUACGGCAGGGUUCGCCUUUGGGAUCUUGAAAGCUCAGAGGAAGAAGUACAUAGGGAAGGAAUAUCAAGCGGUGGCAUUCCAGGCCGUUCAAGCCGUAUUGGACAAUAUUAACGCCGAGGGGGAGCUUCUGAACACCUCGUUUGGGACAGGAAUGGGGCAUGACUUGCAGCACUACAAGGACAUUCCCAUUACCAGCAUGCCCUAUGGUCAGGCAAUGGCCAUAAUGGUCCUGGUCGAGUUCCUGAGGGUGUUCAUCUGA